AUAACAGCAAAGGGCCGAGAGAGAGAGAGAGAGAAAGGUUCCGUGGUUUGCUUUGCUUUGCUUGUUUCCAAGCUAGCGGGCAAACAUGGCGCCUACUUGUUCUUUCUCUUCAAAUCUUUCUUCAUUCUUGAUUCUUCCCCACAAAACCUCUACAACCCAUAUGCUUAUUUCUCUUAUUCAUGCAUGUAUCCUUCUUUCUCUUCUAUUCGCCGAUGUUUCUGCAAAUCUUCUUCUUCAAACUGGUAUAGAAGAUGCAAAUGUUGCAGAAAUUGAUCAAUGUCAAUAUGUUUUAAGAGAUGAGGCUGUCAUGAGACUUAAUGAGCUUGGAAAGGUGAGUGAUGCUGAUGGGUAUCUUGAGAGAACCUUCUUAAGCUCGGCUUCUCUUAGAGCAGCCAUUCUUAUCCGUCAAUGGAUGGAAGAUUCGGGUUUAAAAACGUGGGUGGAUCUAAUGGGAAACGUGCACGGGCGAGUGGAAGGAAUGAAUGCAACUUCGAAAGCUCUACUAAUUGGUUCUCAUUUGGACACUGUUAUUGAUGCUGGUAAAUUUGAUGGUGCUCUUGGCAUUGUUUCUGCUUUAUCUGCACUUAAGGUUCUUAAGAUUAGCGGCCAAUUAGAAUCACUUAAACACCCAGUUGAGGUCAUCGCGUUUAGUGAUGAAGAAGGAGUGAGGUUUCAAUCUACUUUCUUAGGUAGUGCAGCAAUUGCUGGGGUUUUACCUGUUUCAGCUCUGCAGACAAGUGAUAAGAGUGGUGUAACAGUGCAAGAUGUUUUGAAUGCGAACUCCAUAGGAAUUUCGGAGGAAAGCUUAUCUGGAAUGAAGUAUGAUCCUGAUACUGUUUGGGGUUAUGUUGAGGUUCAUAUUGAACAGGGUCCUGUGUUGGAAUCGGUUGGGCUUCCUCUUGGCGCGGUGAAAGGAAUUGCUGGACAAUCUCGUUUAAAGGUGACAAUCAAAGGUUCACAAGGACAUGCAGGAACAGUUCCAAUGUGGAUGAGACGAGAUCCCAUGGCUGCUUCGGCCGAACUAAUUGUGCUGCUGGAGAGUCUCUGUAAGCAACCAGAGAAGUUUCUUUCUUACGAUGAAGAAUGCAAAGGUUUCUCUAUGGAAUCGUUUGCCAGCUCUCUUGUUUGUACCGUUGGAGAGAUAUCAACUUGGCCAAGCGCCAGCAAUGUCAUCCCAGGCGAGGUGGCCUUCACUAUAGAUGUAAGAGCAAUGGAUGACAUGGGUCGUGAGGCGAUUAUAUUUGAAUUCUCGAAUAGGAUGCAUGAAAUAUGUGAUAAGCGGUCUGUUUCUUGUAAUAUCGAUAGGAAGCAUGAUGCUAAUGCAAUUGCUUGCGAUGAUGGGCUAAGUGCGGAGCUAAAGGUUGCAGCCAAUGCUGCAAUGAAGAAAAUAGCAGGAGACAUUAUCGAUGAAGUUCCUGUUCUCAUGAGUGGAGCGGGACAUGAUGCAAUGGCAAUCGCUCAUUUGACCAAGGUAGGAAUGCUGUUUGUACGAUGUCGCGGAGGAAUCAGUCAUUCGCCGGCUGAGCAUGUUUCCGAUGACGAUGUAUGGGCGGCUGGCCUUGCUGUUCUUGCAUUUCUGCAAAAUAAAAUGUGAAUUAUGUAAAUAAUGUUGAUUACAUAGUCUCUGUUUUUUUUUAUUCUCAAAUGAAAUAAAAUUUAAAUAUGUGUUCCCAAUUCUAACUAGGGAUGGUAAUAUAUGUGGUUCUAAACAAUGGGUAUUUUUAUUUUGUUCAGGUUGAUCUCUAUUAUCUUAAA